CUGUUCAUAUGAGCCUUACUCAAAUCCAUAUUCGAUUUGCUAUAAAAGUUUGAUGACUAGGACAAUUCCAAUCACAUUUCGUCUUUACUUUACGCUGCAACAGGGUGUGUAACAAAGUGUUCUGAACUAAUCCGCAGCCAUGAAGUGCAUCGCUACAGCUGUCCUGAUGGCAGUAAUCUUGGCCGCCGCCCAAGCGCAGUACUACUACCCAUAUCCGUAUUAUGCUCCGGCUGCCGUGGCAACGGCCUACGCCCCUCCAGGUUCCACCGUAGUGCAGGCUUACGCUCCACCAAACUACUACGCCCCAGCAGUGUACGUAUCGCCCCCGGUCGUAGUUGCCCCAGGGGGAGCACGGUACACAGCCGUCAACCCAGGUGCCGUCCACGAUGCCCCACUGCCAGGACACACGGUAUCCCAACAAUCGCUGAACACGGCUCCGGCUCCAGGAACUGGUUAGGAUCCCAGCGAGGCGAUAGUGACUGAUGGCUCGAGCAGGUGAAAUAGCUCAGGGAAAACACCAAAAUGUGAUAUGGAUGUAGUUGUUUGCUGUGAUUUGUUCUCCGUUUGAUACAUUUAUUUCACUUCUUGGGUUUACAUUACAUUUAUUUCUAAUCGUGAGUUGAUUGUUCGUUAACUUGGUUGAUUAAUAAAAUUAGUUUCUGUUUCGCUGACACUAUUGACAGCAAAUUUGCAAUCCACACCUUAGAAACUGCUCGAGAUGCGUUUGGCGAACCUAUAUUUUGCUACAAAAUUACGAAAACCAAUAAAUCCAUGAAAUUUGUGCUGUUGUUAAUUGAAA